GUACUGUACUUAGUACUUCCAAACAAUAACAUUUACCAAUUUCAUCACAAGCAAAGAUGGAACAAAUAAAAGGGAACAAGCGUAAAACACUACAAUCUAACCUCCAACGACGGGUACGAGCUAGAAGGGAGGAACCAGAAGAAGUCUUCAGUGAAGAAUCUCAAGGAGAGGAGAGUAGCGAGGGUGAAGAUGGAACCGAAGAGGACCAAGAACAAGAUGAUGAUGAGUCUGGUUCCCAAUCCGACGACAGCGACAACGAAGAAGCCGAUGACCCAACAACCACCGUAUCACAAAUAUCCUUCGGCGCCCUAGCCAAAGCCCAAGCCUCACUCCCCAGCACAAGACGAGGCAAGAAUCGCAAAAACCAAGACGACGCCAACUCCGACGACGACGAAGACAGCGACCAGAACGACAGACACAAAAGUGCAUCCGAUUCAAAAUCCAAACCUAAACCCUCCCGAUCAAGCAAACACGCUCCUACAGAACAAUCCAGCAAACGCCCCGUAACCCGCAGACGCGAAGUCAUCGCCGUACAAAACAAGCCCGUACCACGGGACCCACGCUUCUCCUCCGCGAUCUCAACCCGCGCCCCCGCGCCCGGCGACGACGAACGCGCGCGUCGGGCCUAUAGUUUCCUAGACGAGUACCGGACCUCCGAAAUCGCUCGCCUCCGCGAAGCCGCACGGAAAGAAAAGAAUCCCUCCUCCAAAGAAGAAUUAAAACGCGCCCUCGCAUCCAUGGAAAGCAAGAAGGCCGCUCAGGACAAGAAGGAUGAAUCUCGUCGGUUAUUGGAGGAGCAUCGGAAGCGGGAGAAGGAGUUAGUGAAACAAGGUAAAAAACCGUUUUACUUGAAGAAGAGCGAGCAGAAGAAACAGUUAUUGGUAGAUCGGUUUGCGGGGAUGAAGGGUAAGCAGGUGGAUCGUGCGAUUGAGAGGAGGAGGAAGAAACUUACGGCCAGGGAGAGGAGGGAUAUGCCGAUGGCUAGGCGGGGGGCGGAGGUAUGACUUGCACAUGAAAACGAGAAGGAGAAAAGAUGGUGGUGAAGGGAGUUUUACUAUUCAAUCCAGCGCAUACUCCAUCUAUAUGCCUCGAGCCGUACGGUUUAGCUAUCUAUUAUGAAGUACGAACAUCAAUGAUACCAUUU